AUGGUAGUCCGCAUCCGACUGGCGCGCUUCGGCCGCACCAAUGCGCCGUUCUACAACAUCGUCGUUUCACAUGCAAGGACCGCGAGGAACAGCAGACCGCUCGAGGUGAUCGGCACCUACGACCCGAUCCCGAAGAAGGACACGUACGACGAGUCCGGGAGGCUGCACAAGGACGUCAAGCUGGACGUGCUGAGGGCCAAGUACUGGAUAGGCGUGGGGGCACAGCCGUCCGAUACGGUCUGGAGGCUAUUGUCCAUGGUUGGCAUUUUGGAGCCGAAGCAACGCCCUGACCAGCAACGCCAACCACCCCCGACUCUUUCUCCCCCGGCCGAAGCGAGCGAGGGCGGGGCGUCGACAUGA